AGAAAACUAUAGCGUAAGUGAUUGAUUCGAACAAUGGAUCACCGUAGCAUACGAUUGAUGGAAGAUCUCCCAGUGGAUGGGCUAAACACAACGAGUGACGUCGUGAAAAACAAUGGACAGAGAAAGCCUACAAGUUCUUCGUCGUUUAACAAGCUCAAAGUGGAAAUGCAAACGUUACAGAUAUCCGAAGAAUCUGAACGACAGUUGUACGACACUCUCAAACAUAUUUAUGGAGCUAAUUUCAAACUUUCUGAUGCUUCUGAGUUUGAGAACAAGAAGUCAAAUUUAAAUAACCAGUACUGGAUGGAACGUGGUAAUUUGGUUGUGAAGGGAAUAGUGGAUUAUUCAUCCAAAGACACAACUCCCAAAAGUGAAGAGCAAAUAACGAGGGAAUUUGCAACUUCUAAAUUGGAGAGCUACGGCUUCCACGCCUCACAUUGUAUAGAAGCUUUAAUGCAUACGGAUGGUGAUUUAGGUAGAGCAUUAGAAAUACUAUUCUACAAGUAUUAUGGAAUUAAGGAGAUUUCAAGAAAUACAGAUUAUGAAAAUAUUGAUGAAGCUGAUUUAUUGGAACAGCUGUGCGAGGAGAAAGAAAUAAUGGAAUCUAUAUAUGGCAACGCCUUUCAUGAAAAAAUAAAAAAUCGUAUUUGGACGGUGCAGUUGAAAUUAAAUUAUUUAACAAAUAAUGAGGAAACUGAAGAAGUAGCGGUGAAAGAGAAGAAACAAGAGAAGCAAAAAGAGAUAUGUCGGCUUUUUAUGCGCAAUAAAUGCAGAUUUGGUGAUAAGUGUAGAUUCCUGCAUCAACUGCCAAAGAAAGUAUCAAACGCGCCAGUUCAAGAAGAUCCAUAUUUUACAUUAGAAAUAAGAUUUCCCGAAGGUUGUAAAUAUCCAUACGAAGCACCAUAUUUUUAUAUUUAUAAAAACGACAGGAUGUUUCCGCGUAUAAACUGCCUAAGAAUUGCAAGGAAACUGCACGACCAUGCGUUAUCUUUAGCUGAGCAAGGCACACCUUCAUUAUUUUCUAUAAUUUCAUUCUUAGAAUACGAAUUCGGCGUAAAAACUUAUUUGGAGGAGAACAGGGAACAGUUUUUGGAUCAAUACGAACCGCUGUUUCCGAAGGAACAGGAAAAUGAGGAGGAAGAAAGUGCAGCCAGUCAUUAUAAGCUUGGCAGCACUAAUAAGAAAAACAGAGAUUGUGUUUCCUGGGAAGAGAUUAUCAAGGAGGACGAUUUGUUAGAAAAGAGAUUUAAAGAGAAACAGAAGAACGCCAAUUACAGAAAGAUGAAGGAGACACGGAAGAAAUUGCCCGUAUGGUCUAACAUGACUAAAAUUUUAGAAACCGUACAGCAAAAUCAAGUUGUUAUUAUUUCAGGUGAAACCGGAUGUGGUAAGAGUACUCAGGUGCCGCAAUUUAUUUUAGACGACUGGAUUAUCAACAGAUCACAGUCAGGGGACAAGCCUCAUGUGAAUAUAGUAUGCACUCAACCCAGGAGAAUAAGUGCCAUAGGCGUCGCGGAACGAGUGGCGGCGGAGAGGGACGAGAACAUAGGAGGUACCGUCGGUUACCAGAUACGUUUAGAGAGCAAGAUGUCCGGUAAAACGAGACUGACGUUCUGCACCACGGGGAUACUGCUCCAGAGAUUGUCCGCGAGUUUCGAGCUGCCGGACGUGACUCACGUCAUAGUCGACGAGGUGCACGAAAGAAGCGCUGAGAGCGAUUUGCUGCUGAUGCUUUUAAAGGAAUUACUGCUAAAGAGGCCGGCUAUGAAAGUGAUACUGAUGAGUGCGACACUCAAAGCCGACACGUUCUCCUCGUACUUCGAACAAGCACCGGUCUUAAAUAUCCCAGGAUUGACCUUCCCGGUGGAACAGAUCUUCCUCGAAGACGCACUCGAGAGAAUCGGAUACGUCGUCGAGGAAAAUUCCAAGUUCACGCGUACGAUCAAGGGUGGUUGGGACCAGCUUGCGAUCGAUCUGGAGGUCGCUGAUAUCGAAGGGCUACCUGCCAGCUCCCCGAAAGAAUCUAUCCAGGACGAGAAUUUGACGUUGAAGCAAUUGGUCACCAGAUAUCACGGUUACUCCAGGCAAACGUAUAAAAAUCUAUACGUUAUGGAUCACAAAAGGAUUAACUUUGAAUUAAUAGAGAGGAUUCUGGAGUGGAUUGUUUUCGGAGAACACGACUAUCCCAGGACAGGUUCUAUUCUAGUGUUCCUGCCAGGCUUUGCUGAGAUUCUCACUUUGAAGGAUCAACUGUACGACAAUAAGAACCUCUCACCGAGGACUAAGCAAUUCGUCAUCGUGCCGCUACAUUCGAGUCUCUCCAACGAGGAGCAGAGUCUCGUGUUUCAGAAAACGAAAAGCGGCGUCCGUAAAAUUGUACUUAGCACGAAUAUGGCCGAAACGUCCAUCACCAUAGACGAUUGCGUCUUCGUGAUUGACACGGGAAUGAUGAAAGAGAAUAGGUUUAACUCGGGCUUGAACAUGGAGAGUCUGGACACCUGUUGGGUGUCGCGGGCGAAUGCCAUGCAGAGGAAAGGUCGAGCUGGUCGAGUAAUGCCCGGAGUCUGCAUUCAUUUGUACACUUCAUACAGAUUUAAAUAUCAUUUCUCCGGACAACCGGUGCCCGAAAUACUGAGAAUUUCUCUGGAACCGCUGCUCUUGCGCAUUCGUUUCAUGCACAAGGCGAAAAAGAUAGACCUGCAUAAGAUGUUCGAGAGGAUGCUGGAACCACCGACGCACGAGAGUAUCACGAACUCGAUAAAACGCUUGCAAGAUGUUGGUGCGUUCGACUCGAGAUGCAUGUUGACGCCACUAGGCCACCAUCUGGCUGCGUUACCUGUGAACGCGAAGAUCGGCAAAUUGAUAUUAUUCGGUGCGAUCUUCUGCUGCUUGGAUUCCGCGCUCACCAUCGCGGCCUGCUUGUCGUACAAGAAUCCGUUUUACGUGCCGUUCGAGAAAAGGCACGAGGUCGACCCGAAACAGGAGUUCUUCGUAGCUAACUCGGACCAGUUAACCGUCCUCAAGGCUUACAAAAAAUGGUUAGCUGUACGUUCGCGCAGCGCUCAAGCCGCCCAAGUGUUCGCCAGCUUGAACUACUUAUCCGUGCAAACCUUUCACACUCUAGCGGAUAUAAAGUACCAGUUUUUGGAGUUGCUAGUAUCGAUCGGCUUCGCGCCUGUCAACUUGCCCAAGAGGCGGCCAAAUUUUGACAAUAUUUUCGAGAUUACCGGGCCCGAGUUGAAUGUCAACAAUGAAAACUACAAGCUGCUGCAGGGUCUCCUCUGCGCCGCGUUGUACCCCAACGUGGUGAAGGUUUUCACACCGGCUAAGUCGUUCCAAGUACAAUCGGCCGGCGCGGUUCCUAUCCUGCCUAAGCCGGAGGAGUUGCGCUUUCAAACCAAGGACGACUGUUAUGUCUACAUCCACCCGUCGUCCGUGAACUUUCGCACCGGGCACUACACGAGCCCGUACCUGGUGUACCAGGAGAAGAUCAAAACCAGCCGAGUUUACAUCAAGGAGGUCUCCAUGAUCCCAAGCCUGCCGUUGUUGUUGUUCUCCGGCUAUCAGUUAAACAUGGAACUGCACAACGGCACGUUUGUUCUCUCCCUGGAGGAUGGCUGGAUCAUGUUUGUAGUGGAAUCGCACAGGAUGGGUCAACUCCUGCAACGUAUUAGAAUAGAACUGGCGAAAUUGUUAGAACAAAAGAUGCAGGAUCCUCUGUUAAAUCUCUUGAAUCAUCAGGAGGGCAAGCAAAUUAUACGAACGAUUGUAAAUGUAAUAACAAAAGCAUAGAUGUUUUGAAGUGUUAAAAUGAAAGAGCAUAUCUACAGUUGCCACGGAUAUAGAAGGACGUUUUCUUCGAAUAAGACGACCGUUUGCCUAAAUAAUGUGUAUGAGAAUAUGUUUUUUACCUGGACAAUUUACUGUGAUAAGCAGAUUGAUGUCGAACUAUUCAUUCAAGCAUGUUGCAGCACAGGAAGAAAUGAUUUAAAUUGCAUGUUAAUAUAGGUAUAUAUACUCAUUUCUUAACAAUAUUAAAAUAUAUUUCUUUAAAUUCGAGAUA